UAUCAAUACCUUAAGUUCCUCUCUUUUACACGUUCGGGCUCGAGUUACUUUGAUACCUCGAGUCUCCCGCUCUACACACAACGCUUUAUCUUACUCCCAAUCCUUCCUCUGCUCCAUCUCUUGAAGUUCUUGGAUUCCAUUUCCCUUGGCGGGCAUCAAAAAUCAACCCCACUUUUGUGGAUAUUGAGAUUUUUGCGCCCCAAGGAUUUUUUUUCUUGUGAACAUCAUGAUAGAUGAGACGGAGCCCUUGUUGGGCCAUGUACGGGCAGAGUCAAUCGUUAAUGGUGACCAGAAAGUGGUUGACUUCGACCCAAAUGGCGAUUCAGAAAAUCCGCUGGAUUGGUCGAGAGCAUACAAGUUGGAAGUUGUGGCAUUACUCAGCUUCAUGGCGUUCACAGUUUCCUUUACAUGUAUCGGAGUCGUCCCAGUAGCAGACCGGAUCGUAUUUGAUUUGGGUGGCGGUGAUAGCAAGGCCGCCAGCAUCCUGCUCGUCACUGUUUGGGAACUUGGAGAAGCUGCAGGGCCAUUUCUUAUGGCACCCCUAUCGGAAAUCUAUGGUCGCUAUCCUGUUUUCAAUAUUGCCAACAUAAUCUUCAUUUUCGGUGUUGUACUCGGUGCUUUGAGUCAUACGACGAAUCUCUUCAUCUUUUCUCGCCUUCUGACUGGAUUUGCUGUUGCUUCAAAUGUUCUCAACCCUGCCAUCAUCGGCGACAUCUACAAGUCAGAAUCGAGAGGGUCCGGUAUGUCCCUCGUCAUGUUUGCCCCUUUGAUAGGUGGAACUAUUGGUCCUGCAAUCAGUGGCCUCCUUGCUGAGACUGUUGGAUGGAGAAACAUCCUGUGGCUCUGUGCUGGAAUGGCCACUCUUUGCGAAAUCUUGUUUUGCAUUCUUCUCAGAGAGACUUACAAAGUCACGAUCUUGCAGCGUAGAGCUGCUAGAAUGCGUAGAGAGACCAAGGAUGAAUCCUUGAAGUGUGCUUGGGAGACUGAGGGUGGAGAUGUGGUCCAGUCAUGGGGUAAAUUGCGGACAGCGAUUACUCGACCCCUCUUGGUUAUGUACAGUUCUGCUGUGCUGCAGAUCAUGUCGUUGUAUGCCGGAUUUGCAUUCACUUUCUACUACAUUGUGGCCACGACAUUACCCGGAAUUUUGAAAGAACAUUAUGGCUUUUCUCCAGCUCAGACCGGGUCUGUAUUCAUAUGCUUCAGUGUCGGAGCCAUUUCUGCAAUUAUCGUGUGCAAGCUUUCAAUCGAUCGUAUCUAUGUCGAGUUAGCCAAGUCCCACGGAGGCAUUGGUCGUCCUGAAUUUCGCCUGCCGUUUAUGAUUGGAGGAGCAGCCUUCCUCCCAUUUGUCGUCGGACUGUAUGGCUGGGUUCCAUACUCAGACUGGUCGAUCUAUCUGCUUCUCGUGGUAGUAGCCGCUCUUGGAUUCGUGUCGAUCGUCAUCGGAAUACCUAUGUCUUCUUAUAUUGUUGACUCGUUUGGCAUAUAUUCUGCUUCUGCUAUGACGGUAGUACUCCUCACUCGCUGCUCAAUGGGGACUCUGUUGCCCCUCUGUAUUCCAUUGCUUACCGACGCGCUUGGACUUGGAAAUGGGUUUCUAGUCAUGGCAGCUAUUUGUCUUGUGGUUAUUCCUCUCCCGGUUUUGAUGAUGCGUUAUGGGUCUCGUUGGCGACAGAAGUCUGUGUACACCAGAACUGAGUAGAUAGCUGGUACUGGUUGCGAGCUCUAUGCUGCCACAAGGAAUGAAUCUGGUACCUAAAUCCAUUGGGAGUCGGGAAUGAAUGGUUCAGAUAUUGUUUUCAUGGGUGUGUGUUAAAAGAUCUCAGGCGCGUGUAGACAUAUAGACAUCAUUUUUGGAACGGAAAAGAUUACUUUCACGAUGAACUGAACUAUUCUGUAGGCUUGCUUAUAGAAAUUCUGCCCAAUAUCAGACGAUUCCUUGUUAGCCGAA